GCCAGUGCUGGUAUAAAUAGCACCACAAACUUGAAAUUUUAUUCUUCCCAUUACCGGUAAACGACAGACUUACUUCCAUUGUCGUUGAAGUUUAUUAAAAUGUGGAAGCUGUGCGUAAUCUUCACCAUCGCAGUUCUGGCAAAAUCAGAGUCGCCCAAGGAGCCUUAUAUUGUCGUACAACCUCCACCACCUCCAGUUCCUCCAGUUCCAGUCCCUCCUGUUCCACCCGUAGCCCGACCUCCUCCUCCGAUAUUUACGUAUCCCCACCGUCACCAUCGCGAUGAUUCCAGUGAAGAAUAUCGUUACGGUUCGUGUACUGACUGCGCUCCAAUAAAAUCUACUUGUUACAAUUCCCCUAGAGGGCACCAUUGCUCAAAGGCUCGAAUUACGUACUUCCCGACACAUAAUAAUUGUCUGAGGGCUGUAUUAUCCUGCCGUCGAAGUGACGACCGUCAUUACACAAAGAUCAUCACAAAACACCAUGAAACUUUGGCUGAAGGUUUUGGCAUAGACAAAAUGGUCAAGUGUAUUGAUGGAAGAUGGGAAGCCAACGACGCAGAUGGACACGAGGUGGACUUCCGCACGGUGCGCUGCGUCAGGAUGAGGGAACACGACCACGGCCAUCCCAAUGGCACAUCAAAACCGUUAAAGCCGUCUGUUCACAUUAGUAGCACGAACAUAUUUCCAUGUCUCUUGGAGUCACAUCGUGUUUAUAUGGAUGUCGAUGGAGACAGUGAAUUCGAUGAAUAUUUUAAUGCACCUUUAUGCAAUAAUUGCCGCCCAAUACACACUACAUGCCGAGAUCAUCCUGGAAGGAACUGUUCAAAACCUGAGAUUGUCUACUUCAUGGUCCAUAAUAGGUGUACGAGGGCUGUAGUAUCCUGUUUGAAGUUCAGCGAUGAUCCUCAAACGCAACUGAUUACAAGAGAGAAUGUGCCUAUAGCGAAAGGGGUUGGCUUGGAAAAAAUGAUCAACUGCAUUGAUGGGAGAUGGACUGCCAAGAAAUGGAACAGUUCAGAUGUGAUGGAGUUCCUAUCAGUGCGCUGCAUCAUUUAGUGAAUUUUGUGGCCGUCGUGGCGCAACUUCCACAAUUUGAAAAGUUUUCAU